AUGAUCUCAGACUACUGCUCCAGACAUCCAGUUAAAGAGCAGCCAAUUGAAAGCUUUGCUGAAGAUUACGUCAGGUUUAUAGCUCACACGUCAGUGCCAAGUUCAUUAACUAUGUCUGACAUCGCAACUGCCACUCAGAAAGAUUGUGUUAUUAAGUGCGUAAUGGACGCGUUACCGAAUAACAGUUGGUCGAAACAAUUAUGUUACCAAGAUGACAGCUUCAGGAGUUAUCAAACUGUGAGCGAAGAGCUAACUGCCGUGUCACUCGAUGAAGGAAAUGUUUUAUUGCGCGGCACGCGACUGUGCAUUCCUGAUUCGCUGCAACAAAAGGUCGUUAAGCUAGCACACGAAGGUCAUCAGGGUCGUGUUCGCUGCAAAGCACUUUUGAGAGAAACAUGUUGGUUUCCAUACAUGGAUACACGUGUAGAUGAAAUGUGUAAAAACUGCAUACCGUGCAUGUCCGCUUCUCCCUCAACAACACAAGAGCCUAUAAAGCCCAGCCCGUUACCAAAACAACCUUGGGACGAAGUAUCCGUGGAUUUUUGUGGACCUUUCCCGUCAGGCGAAUAUUUCAUGGUAGUCAUAUGUGACUAUAGCAGAUAUCCUGUUGUAGAAAAACUCCAUAGCCUUUCUGCGCAAACAGUUAUUCCACAUCUUGAGAAAUUAUUCAGUUUGUUUUCUAUCCCAAGUGUCGUGAAAACUGACAAUGGAUCUCCAUUCAACAGUCAAAUCUUCUCGGACUUUGCAGAUCGUUUUGGUUUUAAACAUAGAAAAAUAACACCACUCCAUCCGAUGGCAAACGGUACAGCAGAAGCAUUUAUGAAGCCUUUAGUUAAAACCAUGAAAACCGCAUCAGCAUCAGGAAAGAACUUUAAAACUGAAAUCAGUAGUUUCCUCAUGAACUAUAGGAGUACCCCACAUCCAAGCACUGGGCUUUCUCCGUAUGAACUCAUGUUUAACAGAAAAAUGAAAACAAAACUUCCCCAGUUUUCAGUUUUCAGAAAGGAUAAGUAUGUCAGAGAAAGAGACACUAAAGCAAAGAUGAAAAAUAAACGUUAUGCCGACAUCCGACGGAAAACGAAGUAUUCAACAAUAAAACCUGGAGACAAGGUACUUGUGAAACAAAAUAUAAGGAAUAAACUUGACACACCAUUCAGCUCUUCAGUCGGUAAGGUAAUCCCGAGAAAAGGUUCUAUGGUCACAGUUCAACACAAUGAUCGUACAAUUACCCGUGACAUAUCACAUUUCAAACCUGUAAACUCAUUUAACGACAGCGACCAGCGUAAAUCCUCUUCCGACGCCGACGGUACCUCACUGCGAAAAUCAGGAAGGAAACGAAGACCCCCUAGAAGGUUUAUAGACGAAUAA